AUGGCAUGCCAUCUGAAAAUUCGUUUUAGAAUCAACGUAAUGAAUUAUGAUUAUCAGGAUAUAAUUAUGGUGAGAAACGAUAUCUUUCCCAUCCUAGAUGUUUCAUGUCUGUCAGAUAAUUACACAGCAGUCAGUGAUUGGGAAGGUGCAAAACUUCAGCAUGAUGUACAGGUAAACAAUCUUGUUGAAGAAUUAUCAAAUGGUUUUAGUGACUGGGGAUUUCUUUACGUGAAAGGACAUGGUAUACCACAAAAUCUCAUAGAUGGCGCAUUUAAAAUGUCAGAAAAGUUUUUUAAACAGGAGAAGGAGACGAAGAUGAGUUAUAAAAGAGGACCUGGAAUAAGUGAAGGAUAUGUUCCAAUAAAAGGUGAAGUGUUUGAUGAAAUGAAACCUGAAGAUAUAAAGGAAGCUUUUGACUUUUUGCCUAAUUCUGAUGUGAGUAAAAAGUUAUCACAGGAAAUGCCAGAAGUUGUUACUGAAUUGAAUGAGUUAUUUGAACAUUGUUCAACAUUGCUAUACAAAUUACUGAGGUUGCUUGCAGUUGCUCUUGGUAUAGACACAGAGACUUUUGUGAAUCUACAUACAAAUAUUGGUAAUCGCAGUUUAAAUGGAACGUCACUGCGCACAUUGUUUUAUCCACAUAUCAAUCGACCAACAGCGGAGAAUCAAAGACGUUGCGGUGAGCAUACAGACUAUGGUACAAUAACUUUGCUUUUUCAAGAUAAUAUCGGUGGCUUAGAGGUUUUGUCUCCGUCUGGAAAAUUUGUAAAGGCUGUUCCAAUUCCUGGUACCAUCGUUGUCAAUGCAGCCGAUCUCUUGCAUACAUGGAGCAAUGGAAAAUUCCGCGCAACCAUUCACAGAGUACAAAUACCAACAGAUCCAAUGCGAUUGUCAAUGCCACGUCAAUCAAUUGCGUUCUUUGCCCAUCCAAAUUAUGAUGUCACUAUUAAUUAUCAGGACGAAAAUGGAAAAUCGAAGACGAGAAAUGCGUAUGAACAUUUGAAAAAAAGAUUCGAUUCCACCAUUCUUACUGACAAUGUUUAAAAUUACUUAUAUGUAAAUAUUUAAUUACUUUCUGCUUUUAUUAACACGAAAUUGGUGAAUGCCUAACAAUAGAGACAUCACUGCAGCAGAAAAAUGUUUA